GUACACCGUGGCAGCAAGAGCAAAUAGAGCCUUUGCAAUUGAUCGACCGCUCGUUAUCCACUUCACAACAAAUGAGAUACAAAUAAAGUACUUCGUGGUACAAGUAUGUCUGAAAAGUGGGAGGGAUUCACAGACGAGGACUUAGAGCGAAUGAGAGGAGGAGGGGCCUCCGAAAGGGACACGAGAACGCAGCAGAAGAAUAAAACGUCUAAACGCAGCGAAGCGAGCUCCACGGCGGCCGCCAAUUGUAAACAAGAUAGAAAGCGAGCUGCCCAUGUAUUGCGUGAGGAUAAAGACGAGAUUUCCGGGAGUCUACCGACGUGGGAUGAUGAGAUUCCAGUGGAGGAAAGGUCUGGUGCUCCUAGCAAGCCGGUGGCCGUUGUUUCAGCACACACUGGGAUAGUGACGAACGGGGGCGAGGAGAGUGAGUCGAAGACGAAAGGAGUUGGAAGUAGAGCAAGCUUGGUACAUCAAAUUGGAACGCAAGAAGAUCAGAAGAGAGUAGAGGAUGUGAUUGAGUUGUCAGAUGAUCCCUCGAUUCAACACGCCAAAUUGGAAGAACUACAGAAACGACAGAAGGAAAUUGAGGAGCAAAACAAGCAGAAGAAGGCUGCUUUGCAGAAAACCAUUAACGAACGGUUUCAACGAAGCCAGCAAGAGACAGCCGUGUUAAAAAAAGUCAAAUCUGAACUAUCAAAAUUGGACAACGCCAUUACAAGUGAUGUUGCAAUCUUGCGUAACACUAUCGAUCAAGCUAGUCGGGACUACACUACAGCGAAAGCACGGUAUGAUGUCGCCGAGUCGGAGUUUGUUGCUGCCAAGGUAGACCUUUUCAAAAAGAGUGAGCGAAAGGAGAUGCUGACGCAACAUCUCUAUACAAUAAUACAAGAGUCGGAACUUCGAAAGGCAAAGAGGUUAGAAGACUUGACAAAAGACUUAGCUACCAUGUCUGCACAUAGUGAAUUAGACGAAGUAACAGUACUAAAGGAUAAAGAUUGAUAUAUAUAUAUAUAUAUAUAUAUAUAUAUAU